UCACACACACACCCCCACUAACAGUCCCAGCCGUUCGCACACAGUCUCUCCGACACACCAUGGGCUGCACGCGCUUUCUCAUCCUCUGUCUGUAUUUGGGGGUCUCCUGGGGGCAGAACCCUGACCCCCAAACUAACUACACCAGGCCGGUCUUUCACUGCGGAGGAGACAUUGUGGGGGAUUCGGGGUACAUCGCCAGCGAGGGCUUCCCCAACUUCUACCCCCACAGCCAAAAAUGUGUGUGGAACAUAACGGUCCCCGAGGGCCACGUCGUGGUGCUUACAUUCCGCCUGCUUGACAUCGAAGCCGACCCAGGCUGUCGCUACGACUACCUCAGCGUGUAUAACGGGCUGAGCCGGGGCUCGCAGCAGCUGGCACGCGUGUGCGGGACGUUCCGCCCGGGGGCCCUCGUGUCCACGGGGCCCAAUAUGAUGCUGGAGAUGGUAACAGACGAGGAGAACGCCGGCCGCGGGUUCCUGGUUUGGUACAGCGCUGCGUCCGCACAGGUCUCCGACAGUCAGCGCUGCGGGGGGACACUGGAGAAGCCGCAGGGGUCGUUCAGUUCCCCCAACUGGCCGGAGAACAAUUACCCGAGCGGCAUCAGCUGUUCCUGGCACAUCAUAGCCCCCCAGGAGAAGGUGAUCGAGUUGUCGUUCGGUAAGUUUGACGUGGAGGGCGACGGUUACUGCCGGUACGACUACCUGGCCGUGUUCAACGGAGGACAGACGGACAGCAACCAUCUCAUCGGGAAAUACUGCGGGGACACCCCCCCCAAGGCGAUAUACUCGGACUCUAACGAGAUGCUGGUGCAGUUCGUGUCGGAUCCCAGCGUGACGGGGGACGGAUUCGAAGUCACCUACAGGAUGAAGGACGCGUCUGAGGUGCCCAAAGUGCCCCCAGGAACCAAGCCCACCUCUGCCAGCGUUCCCGACUCCAAGCGCCCGCUGGGUACCCGGCAGCCCCCGAAACCAAAACUCACCCCGAAACCAAAACUCACCCCGAACGCCACCCCCAAGCCCACCCUCAAAGCCACGGCCGCGCCGGCUACAGAAGCCACAGCCAAGCCCACCCGGAAACCCAAGCCAACCAGAGCGGCCACGACAGCCGCCCCCACUGCAACAGCGCGCAGGCUCCGCCUUUCUCACCACCCAACGAAUGUCGUUUUAGGCUCCGGAUCCCGCGGGAAAUGCCCCGAGAAAUGCCGCAAGACGGGGACGCUGAGCAGCCAUUACUGCGCCAACCAGUUCGUGCUGGCGGGAACCGUGAAGUCCCUGGUGAAAGGAGACGUGGAAAAAACACUGGUGGCCACCGUGGGCAUCAUCCACACCUACAAAACCGGAGACCUCAGCAUCCAGCAGGCCGGCAAGAGCAUGAGCGUCCGGGUCAUCAACGAGUGCCCCCGCUGCCCCAUCCUCAAGAGAGGCCAGAAUUACCUGUUCAUGGGGGAGGUGGAUGAGGAGGGAAGAGGCCGCAUCGGCCCGGAGAGUUUUGUCAUCGCUUACAAGGCAGCCCAACAUCAGAUUCUUUCAAACAUCGCCAAGAAGCCCUGCUAAAGAACCC